CAUCACUUAUCAUUCAGUCGUGCUAAUAUAUUAUUUCUAGAUUAACCAUAAAUCAUUCUACUAAGCCUAGGCCUAAGUACUGAAUGGCCUUCGUUUCUUAGAACACAGUUAAAAGCAUCUACGAAAUCAUGUUGAUUCGGGUUUGGAUCGAACAAUAAUUCGUUAAACAAAAGACGGAACAUUAUUGACGCAAUCAGAGUAGCUCUCGCCAAUAAACAGACGUGAACAUGGAUGAUUCGUCACAUAGUCGUCGACUUUUACGAUUUGCCGGCUUUGUGCCGAUUGAUCAAAGCAACGCGAGGAUAAGUAACAGGCACGCGGACGACGAGCUCGCGUUUUCGCUCGAACGUCUAAAUAUACAGAAGUGCAAGAACGUCUGGGAAAUCAAAGCGAAGGAGAUUGAAGCAUACCAACAUCUGAAACGUUUUGAACGACAAAAAGCGUUAGCAAGGUCGCUGACAAGUGUUGACACCUCUCGAAUUGUGUUUGACUUUAGAAGAAGAGAAAUUAAAAUGAGCAUGAUGAUAAAUCCAGAGCGAAGUGGGACAGAAUCAGAAACCGAAAAUUUGCAAUGGAAGGCAGAAAAUACAUUUUCUCCUCGAAAGGUACGCUCGUCUCGCAGUGAGUCUUCAAAGACAGAUGAUGAGCGAUUCGAUUCCAGGACACAAAGCAAACUAGAUUCAACUGACUGCACCAGCGAUGACACUGAAGCACUGGAAGGCAUUAAUGCAGUGUUACUCCGUAGAAAGUUUUGUUUAAGAGAAAAUAAGUACACAGAUGAUGACGGUGACGGUAUUAGAAUGGGAGUACGAAGUCUUCUAUAUAAGAGAGUGUUGCAAGCUCCAGUACAACAUAAAGUUGACUUCACCGAAGAUCUUCCAUCUGAGUUCCAAUUGAGAAACCGGGAAUGUCCAAACCCGUGUCAAAUACCUAGGAAAGAACGAAUAUCUUGGGUUAAAGCUUCGGUAAGACUUGACACUGAUCUUGCCCUAUCAGAUCAGGACGAGCAAAGUGCUGAAAGGCACACUUUGCGCACUAUAGCAACAAACAGAUCCUCCAGUUUUCGUCACCUUCGAAAGAGACCAACGAUGGGUAAAGUCCGUUCAAAGAAGGAACUGAUCUCACUCACACAUUUUGAUAAUAUCCUUGCUGCAACGGAGAGCGAACAUAAAGACAAGAAAGACAAACAGAAGCAAAAAAUUCAAAGAAUAAGAGAUGACAAAUUAAGUGCUAGGCUACAGAUGUUUUAUCACAAAGUUGAUGAUCUAGAAUAUGAAAAAUCCCGAAAAUAUUGUGAAGAUAAUCUUAGCUCAAAAUCAUUUGUUUUCUAUAAGUAGGCCUACUCAUAGGUUCCAACUGUCCCGCAUUUGGCAGGAUUGUCCUGCUUUUGGGAGUCGUGUCCCGCUGUCCCACCGAACUUCCGAAUUGUCCCGCUUUUAAAGUUUUCUAAAUAAAAAAAUAAUCACGAUAAAUAUCAAGAUUAAAAUCUCGGAGGAUACUCUGAAUCCAAUGGCCCUACAGACGACAAGCCAUGUUGUGGUAUAGUGACGGAGUGCGAUACGCAGAAGAAACAUAGUGAUUAAUCUCGAUACGAAAGAGAUGUUAAUAAAUUAAACUACCGGUAA